GAAAGUUUAAGAUUUGAUCAAAUAUGGUCAUGGUCGCCAAAAAUCAAAGCAAGCAUUUUUUUAUAAAGAUGGUGAAAUGAGAGAAAUCAGAUUUCAACUCAGAAGUGACGAAAGUUUCGAAACUUUUUGUUGUACCUACCAAGGAAAACUUCACCACAGCUAGACUCAGACUGGGAAGGUAUCAAAAAGUCCUCUUUCACAUCACAGUGAUCCUUUCUGAAACAGAGGGUUUUGUCAUUCUCAAGAGUCAAGUCCAAUUGGAAGUUAUUUUUCUAAGUUCAGUGGAAGUAGUUGGUUCCCUUUUGGUUUAUUUGGAAAAAGGAGCUCAACAAUACUUAACCAUUGUCAACCUUCUUCUCAAGUAAUGGAGUAGUUGUUCCUUGUCUUUAUGUUAUGCUUCUCUCUCUUCACUACAGUGCAACUCCCUACUUUUUAGUUGGGCUGUUGGUGGGAUCUCUAUGGAUGCCCACAUGACUUGCUGUGUCUCAAAGCCAAAGGGGAAACUUAGCCAAUUCCCAGAUUAUUUAAUGAAGUUUUGAGAUCGUUACUGACAUAAAUAGAAUUGAGAGGUCCUUCAUUUAGCUGAAAUGUUGAGGAUCCUGAGGAGUGAACUUCGACGUCUCUGCUCAAGGUUAUGGUGGCUGAUAUGGAAGCAUCCGAAGCGCAGAGUUAUUGUCAAAAGGUUUGGGAAGAUGAAUGUGAAAGGUCGACAAAAAGGCAGACCCGAUAAAACUAAAGCCAGAGUUUAUAUGAAGAGCCAGUUGCGUGAUUCUGUCAUUGAAAGGCCAUUUCGAGUUGCUACAUUCAAUGUUGCCAUGUUCUCUCUUGCUCAUGCUGUUCCAGUGGCAGAUAAACCAGCAACAUUCGGGUUCAGAAAGGAAUGCAAUUUUAGAAGCCCUGUGGAUCAUUGCCCGAAGAGUAUACUAAAGCAAUCUCCAUUGCAUACUGCAUUAAGCAAGACUGAAUCUCUCUCCAGAUCAAAGCCAAAAGUUUCCAUUAAUCUUCCUGAUAACGAGAUUUCGUUAGCCAACAACAAGUUGUCUGCUUCCAUGGAAGACAAAACACGGGGCUUAUCAAAGACAACUGACAAAAGGUACUUUAAAAGCGAAGUCCCAGUAAGGUCUCCUGUGUGCUUUCCUUUCUCCGUAGCUAAUUGGCACUGUGAAGAUCACUCGACAAGUAGUAGAACCAUCCUAGAGGUUCUCAAAGAGGCAGAUGCUGAUAUAUUGGCUUUACAAGAUGUGAAGGCUGAGGAAUCAAAAGGCAUGAAGCCUCUAUCUGAUUUAGCAGCCGCUUUAGGGAUGGAUUAUGUAUUUGCUGAGAGCUGGGCUCCUGAGUAUGGAAAUGCUGUUUUGUCCAAAUGGCCAAUCAAAAGAUGGAAAGUUCAGAAGAUUGCUGAUGAUGAUGAUUUCAGAAACUUGUUGAAAGUCGCAAUUGACAUGCCAAGGAUGGGAGAAGUUAACAUCUACUGCACUCAACUUGACCAUCUUGAUGAGAAUUGGAGGAUGAGGCAGAUUAAUUCAAUAACAAAAUCAGUUGAUUGUCCGCACAUCUUGAUGGGUGGUCUCAAUUCUUUGGAGAGAUCUGAUUACUCACCUGAAAGAUGGACCGACAUAGUUGAGUACUAUGAGAAGAUUGGGAAGCCGACUCCAAAGGUGGAAGUGAUGAAGUUUUUGAGGGGAAAAGGGUACAUAGAUUCAAAAGACUAUGCAGGAGAUUGUGAGCCAGUGGUGAUCAUGGCCAAAGGCCAAAAUGUGCAGGGAACUUGCAAAUACGGCACGAGAGUCGACUAUAUCUUAGCUUCACAUGAUUCAACAUUUAAAUUUGUCCCGGGUUCAUACUCGGUUGUUUCGUCGAAAGGUACUUCCGACCACCAUAUUGUCAAGGCAGAGUUUGUAGGAAUAGGACAGAAAGCAAGCAGAGGGCAGAAGGAUUUAAAGCAAAGGAUUGCUAGGUUGACUCAAACAUGUUCUUCGAUAGGAAUGUCAUUGAUGCAUACUUAGAUACUUUUUGUUAGGACUUUUCACUAGAAUUGUAAAUUUACAGUAUACGAAAGUUUA